GCUAAACCGAAUGAAUGGAUGCUGUGAUGCACUGAGGUGCGUUUACUCACAUCUUUCCAAGAUGACAUGAACAUUUAAACUCAUAAUUCAACCCUCUCGCUCCUGCCUUUAUCGAAUUCCCGCCUCUGCUGGUCAGGGUACCAUGGCAACAAGGAUGAAGCUGAAGCUGAAAACUGUAUUUGUGCUCUACUUCAUGGUCUCCCUCCUGGGCCUCGUCUAUGCACUGAUGCAGCUUGGACAACGGUGCGACUGCACAGAGCAUGACAUGCCAAAAGACCGAACCAUAUCUCGGCUGCGGGGGGAGCUGCACCGUCUUCAGGAGCAGAUGAGGAAGUCAGAGGCGACCAAACAACCCCAGAAACAGGCAGCCAAGCCCUCUCUGCCCACCAUCUUUGUCAUCACCCCAACAUACGCAAGGCUGGUGCAGAAGGCCGAGCUGACUCGUUUGUCCCAGACAUUCCUCCAUGUUCCUCAGCUCCACUGGAUUUUGGUGGAAGACUCGCCUCAUAAGACACCACUGGUGACUGACCUCUUGGUCAAGAGUGGCCUGACCUACACACACUUACACAUGCCUACUGCCAAGGACCGCAAACUCCAAGAGGGUGACCCCAGCUGGCUGAAGCCUCGUGGAGUCGAGCAGAGGAAUGAGGGACUACGGUGGCUGAGAGAGGACAGGAGGGCUCAGCCAGGUGGAGACAACCAGCAGGGAGUGGUUUACUUCGCCGAUGAUGAUAACACAUACAGCCUGGAGAUAUUUGAAGAGAUGAGGAGUACCCAGCGAGUAUCAGUGUGGCCAGUUGGGCUGGUUGGAGGGAUGAAAUAUGAGAGGCCCGUGGUUGAAGGAGGAAAGGUGGUUCGCUUCCAUACCGGAUGGCGUCCCAGUCGCCCCUUCCCAAUGGACAUGGCCGGCUUUGCUGUGUCCCUCAGACUGGUCCUGGCCAAUCCAGAGGCUUGUUUUGAUGGAGAGGCACCAAUGGGCUUCCUGGAAAGCAGCUUCCUUCAGGGAUUGGUUACCAUGGAUGAACUGGAGCCCAAAGCCGACAACUGCUCUAAAGUGCUGGUGUGGCACACACGGACAGAGAAACCGAAGAUGAAGAGAGAGGAAGCUCUGCAGGCUCAGGGACUGGGUUCAGAUCCUGCUGUGGAGGUCUGAGGAGCACACGUGCACGCACAAACACACACACACGCACACACACACGCACAAACACACACACACGCGUGUGUGUGUUGUUUAUGUGUAUAUAUAUAUAUGUCUCUGUGUAUAUAUACAUAUAUAUAUAUAUAUUGUAAAGCAUAUUCUGCUGUUUAAUGCUGCAUAUGUAACUGCGUUGUAAAUACUGUAAAACAGAAAAAAUAUCUGUUAGAGGUAACAUUGAAAUUUACCUGGUUAUUACCAUUUGUUCUGUUGGGUCAGGUAGUAAAUGUACAUGUAUGUGUAUAUAUGGAGUGAGUGUGUGUGUGUGUAGUUGUAAUUGUGUUGACUGUAUGUUAGUGUACGUAUCAGGGUUCUCUUUGGUUUUAGUGAGUUAGAUGUCUUUAUUUAGCAGUACAGAGGAUGAGUUCAAACAAUUGCCCGAGGGGGGCGCCAAUUUAAAAAUGUGAAAAAUCACGCAGUUACACCACCAGUAAAUUUCUGCUUAAAGCGGGAGAAACAAUCCAUCUCACUACAGACUUGCCUUCUAGUAUCAUUUGUAGGUGUUUUUACAUGUUGUGCUCAGUGCAAAUCCUGCAGUGUAACCCAUUCCUGGCAGCAGGUACAUAUUUCUAUGGGUUACACCGGGUCUGGGUCCAUCUCCUUUCUAUGUUCCCUUUGUUGGUUGUAUCUGAUCUGUACCCAGCUUUAUCAGUUAAGCCACCAACAUCUUCUCUGAUUUCUGACCGAGAUGCAGUUGCCAUUGAGUAACUUUAUUCAUGCAUGGCUUCAGUUUUUGUGAGAUUAGUGUCCAUAAAUCCAUAUUCAUGUUAGUCACAUGUCAAACAACCCUCAUCAUCAUCAUCAUCAUCAGAAGCAUGAUCAUAACCUCUGUUUAGCAUUGAGUAGCAAAGAUAGUACUAAGGUGCGUUUUUUGACAGUAAACAAUAUUCAUAACAAACAGCAGCCACGAAACAUGCCACACAGUGAAAAAAGCCUAGUAACUAGUUGUUGCCUUAUCUUUAUAAUGCUCUGAUACACCUGAUACACCUGUCCAAACACAGGUAGUACAACUUAGCAACACUAUGAGGCAACACAGACAUAAGGAAUACAGAGAUGCAAUGGUUCCACACCCAGUGUAGCUUGUGUUACAGCUCAGAGCGCAAAUGCUAGUCUCAUAGCAUAGAAACAACUAGUUCUAACCAGCAUUUUUAUGUGUUUACUUUUAGUGAUGCUUUUUAGAAACAUACAUUUUGUGGAAUCCAUUUAGAAUCUCUGAAUAAGGGAACAACACUACUGACGCUCAUAUAAAUUCUUUAUCCAAUAACAGAAUUUAAAACACACCGUCCAUGUACAUUUCCACAGAGAAAAACACUUGAAUAUCCCUUUAAUAGACAAAAAAAGUCUCUGGUACUUUACAUUAGUAGUAGUUCAAAACUUUAUUUGAAAAAAAAAAAAAAAAAGCUUCAAAUUUAAAUUGAACUACUCGAUGUGUGCUUGAUUAUCUUUCAUGACAUCCUCAGAAAUUGGAAGAACGAAGAACGAGGUAACAUUCAAGUUUAAACAAGUGCUCCUCAACUACUCUUGUAUGAUACUGUAAAAACAGCUAGUGCCUGCCUACGUGUAAUUAGUGCCUGUGAGUCAGUUCUCCACUGGUGUAUAAUGUAUUUAUUACUGUAAUAUUAUUUACAUUGUAUAAUGUGAUGAUUUCUUUCCUUGGUCUUGAAAAUAAA